AUGGCCCUUCCUCCGUGCCAUACGCUCUGCCAGUUCUAUGUACAAGAUGGAGAACUUAGCUGUCAGUUGUAUCAAAGAAGUGGAGACAUGGGACUUGGUGUUCCUUUCAAUAUUGCCAGUUACGGCUUGUUCACCCACAUGAUUGCUCACGUGUGUGGCUUGAAGGCUGGUGAUCUUGUCCAUACGCUGGGAGAUGCCCAUGUGUACAAGAAUCAUAUCGACGCUCUCAAAGUCCAGCUCGAGCGAACACCUACCGCCUUCCCAACGAUAGAAUUCGGUGAAGGAAUCAACACAAUAGAUGACUUCACGGCAGAGAAAAUUAUACUGAAGAACUAUAAUCCUCAAAAACCGAUCAAGAUGGAAAUGGCGGUUUGA